AUGCCGAAUAGGAAGGUCGUGAUAGCUGGUGCGGCUUUUAUUUUCAUGUAUUUACUAACUGAAGACCGGAAACGUCGAAAGCGUCGAUGGUGGAAAACUAAAUUGUAUAAAAUAAGAUCUUUACUUGUGGAACUAAAAUCUCAGCAUAUAAGUGGUCAAUAUAAAAACUUUACCCGGAUGUCGCCUACUGACUUCGAAUAUUUGUUAACAAUCAUUGCACCUAAAAUAUCAAGACAAGACACUAUAAUGAGAUCUGCAAUUUCGCCGCAAGAUAGACUGGCUCUAACACUAAGAUUUUUGGCAACAGGAGAUUCAUAUACAAGCCUUCAAUACACCUUCAGAAUUUUAAAACAGUCAAUGUCUUGUAUUGUACCAGAAGUUUGUGAAGCGAUUAUAGAAGCAUUGAAAGAAAACAUUAAGAUGCCAACGACAGAGUCAGAAUGGAUCCAGAUCUCAAAAAAAUUUGAUGAAUUGUGGAAUUUUCCCCAUUGUGCCGGAGCCAUGGACGGUAAACAUGUCAUUCUUGAGGCUCCGGGCGCAGCGAGCGCGAGCGAGGGAUGCGGCAUAGCCGCAGCGCUCGCAGCGACCUCGCCCGGCGGUCCUCCGACGGCGCGCACAGAUUAA